AUGCCGGUGUUCCUGGGGGGGUGGCUGUUCCGGGACGGGCUCCUCCCCGAUGCCACGCGCGUCGUCGGCUUUGCCCGCUCGCCCCUCACCGUGGAGCUCAUCCGGGAGCAGACCCUGCCCUACCUCAAGGUGACCCCGAAGUACGGGCCCUGCCUGGCUGUGUUCUUAUUGCUGUCUCACCUGUCCCCUGUCCCUUGUCCCCCUGUGCCCAGGUGGAACCGUGUGAUCGUGGAGAAGCCGUUUGGGCGGGACCUGGGCUCGUCGGAGGAGCUGUCGGCGCACCUGAGCGCGCUGUUCCGCGAGGAGCAGAUCUACCGCAUGGACCACUACCUGGGCAAGGAGAUGGUGCAGAGCCUCAUGGUGCUGCGGUUCGGCAACCGCAUCUUUGGGCCCAUCUGGAACCGCGACAACGUCGCCUGCGUGGUGCUCACCUUCAAGGAGCCCUUUGGCACCGAGGGCCGCGGUGGCUACUUCGAUGACUUCGGCAUCAUCCGGGACGUGAUGCAGAACCACCUUCUGCAGCUGCUCUGCCUCGUGGCCAUGGAGAAGCCGGCGUCCACCAACCCUGACGACGUCCGCGACGAGAAGGUGAAGGUGCUCAAGUGCAUCAGCCCGGUGGAGCUGCAGGACGUGGUGCUGGGCCAGUACGUGGGCAACCCCGAGGGCCCCCCCGAGGCACAGAAGGGCUACCUGGAUGACCCCACGGUGCCCCGUGGCUCCACCACACCCACCUUUGCCACCGCUGUGCUGCGCGUGGCCAAUGAGCGCUGGGACGGUGUCCCGUUCGUGCUGCGCUGCGGGAAGGCGCUGAACGAGCGCAAGGCCGAGGUGCGGCUGCAGUUCCGGGAGGUGCCCGGGGACAUCUUCGCGCGGCAGUGCAAGCGCAAUGAGCUGGUGGUGCGCGUGCAGCCGCGCGAGGCCGUCUACGCCAAACUCAACACCAAGAAACCGGGAAUGUACCUGCGGCCCGAGGAGUCCGAGCUCGACCUCACCUACGGCAGCCGCUACAAGGACGUGAAGCUGCCGGACGCCUACGAGCGGCUGCUGCUGGACGUCAUCUGUGGGAACCAAAUGCACUUCGUGCGCAGUGACGAGCUGCGCGAGGCCUGGCGCAUCUUCACCCCCCUCCUGCACCAGAUCGAGCAGCGCCGCGAGCCCCCCAUCCCCUACCCCUACGGCAGGUGA